GUGAGCGGGUUCCGCUGCCCGCGGGCGGGCGGCGACGCGGGCGCCGUGUACUGCUGCGGCUUCCAGGACGUGAAGUACUGCUGCGAUGACCCGCACGGCUUCUUCCCCUACGAGCACAGCUACAUGUGGUGGCUCAGUGUUGGAGCCCUUGUUGGACUGUCAAUAGCAGCAGUGGUCCUGCUUGCUUUUAUCAUCACAGUGUGCGUUCUCUGUUAUUUGUUCAUCAGUACAAAGCCACGCAGCAAGCUGGAUACUGGUUUAAGCUUACGGACGACAGGUCUGAUAAUAACCAGUUGUGCUGAGCGUGGCAGCGAGCAAGCAUUGGGCUCACUUUUACAGAAGUCAAAGAAUUAAAUGUCGGUGCACACUGCUUUUUCCCUUGCACAGCAGAGCACGGGCCAGCUCUUCAGAAGGAAGAAGCAAUAAUUAAAUGGCACACUAUGCUGAAGAUGGUGUAAACUGGAGAGACUGGCUGCUGCCAGUGGAGUGCAGAGGAGAGCGGUGCAGAGGCUAGAAGGAAGGGCAGGGGACUGCUCAGCUAUAUUCAUCUGAUGGACACUUCUUUGACUCCACUAGUCCAUA